ACUCAGGCUGCUUCCUAGGAAGCUGCAAGCAUUUUAGGGAAGCCCCUGAGCCAGGGAUCCUCAGAGGGGGCAUUCUUCUAAAGAAAGGAAGGCACUUAGAAAGAUCUAAUUCCAGGCUAUUUAGCAAGUCCUUUGAUUAAUUGGAUUCCGGAUAGAAGACCCUGCAAGCUCUCUGAAGGAGUCUGAAGGAUGGAGACUGCGCUAGCCAACACCUCACGGAAAAGGCAAGUUCUCUUUCUUGCUAUAUUAUUGUUUUUGUGGGAGGCUGACUCUGAAACGAUUAGGUAUUCCCUUCCUGAAGAAAGAGACAGUGGCUACUUGGUGGCCAAUCUGGCAAAGGACCUGGGGCUCAUUUUGAGGGAACUAGGCUCCCGGGGUGCGCGAAUCCAUCACAAAGGAAAGAAACAGCUCUUGCAGCUUGAAUCAAAGACCGGGGAUUUACUUCUGCACCAAAAAUUAGACCGGGAGGUGCUGUGUGGGGAGACAGAGCCCUGCAUUCUACAUUUCCAAUUGCUACUGGAAAAUCCGGUGCAGCUUUUUCAAGUUGAUCUGCAGCUCAUAGAUAUAAAUGAUCAUUCCCCUGAGUUCCCAGAGAAAGAAAUGCUCCUAAAAAUUCCGGAAAGUGUGCUGCCAGGGACUGUGUUUCCUUUGAAAAUAGCUCAGGAUAUUGACAUAGGGAACAAUACUGUGCAGAACUACACUAUAAGCCCCAACUCCCAUUUUCAUGUUGUCACCCGUAUUCGUGGAGAUGGUAGAAAAUACUCAGAGCUGGUGCUGGACAAAGCGCUGGACCGGGAGGAGCAGCCAGAGAUCAUUUUAACACUCACUGCAUUGGAUGGUGGGACUCCCCCCAGAUCAGGGACCACCAUAGUCCACAUUGUGGUCAUGGAUAUCAAUGACAAUGCUCCUGAGUUUCUACAGUCUCUCUAUGAGGUACAAGUCUCUGAGAACAGCCCUCUAAACUUCUUGGUUGCCAUGGUGUCUGCUAGAGAUUUGGAUGCUGGAACAAAUGGGGAAAUCACCUACUCUCUCUUCCAAGGUGAUGACCUUACACAGCCAUUUGUAAUAGAUGAGGUAACAGGAGAAAUCCGUCUGAGAAUGGCGUUGGAUUUUGAGACAACUAGAUACUACAAUUUGGAAAUUGCAGCUACAGAUGGUGGGGGCUUUUCUGGAAAGUGUACCGUGGUAAUAGAGGUGCUUGAUGUGAAUGACAAUGCCCCUGAGCUGACCAUGUCCACACUCACCAGCUCCUGCCCUGAAAACUCCCCAGAGACUGUAGUUGCUGUUUUCAGUGUUUCAGAUCCUGACUCAGGGGACAAUGGGAGAAUAGUUUGCUCCAUCCAGGACGAGCUCCCCUUUCUCUUGAAGGCCACAUUCAAGAACUUUUAUACACUAGUAACAGAGAGACCACUGGACAGAGAGCAGCAGGAGGAGUACAACAUCACCAUCACCGCGACAGACCUGGGCAUCCCCAGGCUGGCAACGCAGCACACCAUCAGGGUGCAGGUGUCCGACGUGAACGACAACGCCCCCGCCUUCAGCCAGCCCGCCUACACCCUGCUGGUGGGCGAGAACAACAGCCCCGCGCUGCACAUCGGCAGCGUGAGCGCCACGGACGCGGACGCGGGCAGCAACGCGCAGCUGACCUACUCGCUGCUGCCGGGCCCCGAGCCUUGGCCCGUGCAGCUGCCGCUCGCCUCGCUGGUGUCCAUCAACGCGGACAACGGGCAGCUGUUCGCGCUGCGCUCGCUGGACUUCGAGGCGCUGCGCGCCUUCGAGUUCUUUGUGCGCGCGCAGGACCGCGGCUCGCCCGCGCUGAGCGGCCAGGCGCGGGUGCGCGUGCAGGUGCUGGACCGCAACGACAACGCGCCCUUCGUGCUGUACCCGCUGCAGAACGCGUCGGCGGCGUGCAGCGAGCUGGUGCCCAGGGCGGCCGAGGCGGGCUACCUGGUGAGCAAGGUGGUGGCGGUGGACGGCGACGCGGGCCAGAACGCCUGGCUGUCCUUCCAGCUGCUCAAGGCCACGGAGCCCGGGCUCUUCAGCGUGUGGGCGCACAAUGGCGAGGUGCGCACGGCGCGGCCGCUCAGCGAGCGCGACGCGCCCAAGCACAGGCUGCUGGUGCUGGUCAGGGACAAUGGCGAGCCGCCGCUGUCGGCCAGCGUCACGCUGCACGUGCUGCUGGUGGACGGCUUCUCGCAGCCCUUCCUGCCGCUGCCCGACGCGGCGCCCGGCGCGGCACCCGACGACCGCCUCACCGUCUACCUGGUGGUGGCCUUGGCGUGCGUGUCGUCGCUCUUCCUCUUCUCGGUGCUGGCCUUCGUGGCCGUGCGCCUGUGCCGGCGGGCCGGGCCGGCGGCGGGGGGCGGCUACCCCUACCCGGGUCUGCCCGACGGGCUCUUUCCGGGACAGCUGCUGGAUGCCAAUGGCGCGGGGACCCUGUCCCACAGCUACCGGUAUGAGGUGUGCCUGGCGGGGGGCGCUGGCACCAAUGACUUCAAGUUCCUCGAGCCCAUUUUGCCCGAUUUCCAUGACUAUGCCCCUGGACGGGAAAUAGAAGAAAACCCUAACUUCCAAAAUGAAUUUAAUAUCAAUAUUCAGUGAUAGUAGUUACCUCUCCUUUUAUGUUCAGUUUUUCUGUUUAACUUUAGAAAUCUCCCUGUGUAGUAAGAGGGCAAGAAUCUGCAGAUUAUAUACACUUCACUGCAAAA